GGCGGGCGGUGGGGUCGGUGGGAGUGGAGGUUUAAAAUCUUCACCUCUAAUCUGAGAAGCCGCCAGCAGCGCGACUUGAAGACCAGCAACCGGCGUUUGCUGUCGCCGUGGAUUUGCCGCACGAUGUCGUGAACUCGCGCUGCUGCGCGCCCGCUCAGAUUUGCCGCGUGUCGCUUCGUUGCGAACGAGCGCGCGGGUCCAUUGCACGGUGACUGCCGACUUCGCUCGCCCAUCCGUUGGAGGGUUCCGAUCCAAGAAGGCAGAGGAGGCGGGCGGGCGGGCUCGCGGGACGCCAAUGGCUCGCGUGUGCGACCUGCAGCUGGUGGGGCUGGCCGUGAGCGUGUGCGGCUGGCUCCUCGCCUGCGUCACCACGGUGCUGCCCCACUGGCAGUCGCUCAACUCGGACAUCGCGCCGCUCGCCGAGAACUUUCUCAUCGGCCUCUGGGGCUCGUGCGUCGACCAAGGGGACAACAUCCAGUGCCGGGACUACGAGUCGCUCAUGGACCUCAUCCCGACGCUGCAGAUGGCGCGCAUCCUCAUGUGCGCCGCCGACGUGCUCGGCCUGGUGGGCACGCUGCUCACGGCGCUCGGCAUGAAGUGCACCACCUUCCUCGGCGGUCGCGGCAACACGACGCACAAGCGCGCCGCCUCGCUGGCCGGCGCGCUGGCCUUCCUCGUCGCCAGCGCCGCCGUGAUGGCUCCCGUGUGCACGGUGGCCAUGGACACGGUGGCGCUCUUCUUCGACGAGAACAUUCCGGACUACGUGCCGCGCUGGGAGUUCGGCGAGGCGCUCUUCGCCGGCUGGAUGGCCUCCUUCCUGCUGUUCGCGGGCGGCCUCGCGCUCGCCGUGGCCGCGUGUCUGGCCAAGCGCCCGGGCCACGGGCCGUCCGCACGCUCCAUGCGUCGCAUCGCACGGCCCCUGCCGCCCGCCGAGUCGCCCGGAGCGGGCGACCUCUUUAAGCAGCAGCAGCAGCUGCAGCAGCUGCGACGCGUCGAGAUGUCCGAAUUGCAGACUGUGCCGCAGCGAGACCUCGCGUCGCCCAAGACCUCCUUCAGUUCGUCGUCGUCGUCGACGAGAAAAGCCAAAGUCAACUUCCUCGACGCGAACGCCCCCAACGGACGCGCCGUCAGCGUCUACGUGUGACGGAGCUCGUCCCGGCUGUGAGCAGAGCUCCACGUGGCGAUCUUUACUUCUUCUGAUGACCACGUCCCAUUAGCCCCCCCCCCUCCCCACACCACCAUCUCCCCCCAUUGCAGGGCCUUCCCGUCAACGAGCUGCGAGACUCGUUGAGGCUUUCCUGCAACAAACAUAAAUAAAUAAUGUCGUUAUCAUUGUUACUUUAUUAUUAUUAAUACGUGCCGUUAAUACGUUUGACUAUAUCCGCAGCGCGAUUGGAGAGCUCUCAAAGCAAGAUGUUGAGUGAGGGGGGCGUGAAUGGGACGGGGCUGUGAGUGAACUCAAAGUGGAUGUGGUCUGAAAAAAAUGUUAGCAGUCACAUAAUCGGGGCUGUCACAAGACACAAGACAUCUGGACCAGGCUGUACAAGCCUCUCGUUCUCUGGUCGUGCGUUGCGUCAACCCGCUGCUGGCUAUGUCACGGCUAUUUGACCACACACCACCACACUCGUCAAGUAGCAGUAGGUGGAUGCGUUGACGGCUGCGUACAGCGCGAAAGAAGUUUAACACGCAGAGCAUAAGAAUGAUGAUUUAUGGAUUCCCCUGCGCUGCCCUCUAUUGCUGACAACGUCGACCGCACAGUUCUUCGGGGCACGGCAACGGUCACCACCCAUCCGAGCGCACUCCAGGCUCAAACCUGCUUAGCUUAGCUCCCGAGUGAUUUGGUCAUCGGGCAGUACGACUGUGUGACGUCACGCCAUGCAUGUGUGACGUGUCAAUCCCGUGCGGGCAUGCCGGGUUAUGUCACGUGCAUGGCGCUUGCAAUGCACUCGCCCUCACAUUAAGUCUCCGCACGCUGCACGCACCUGAUGAUUGAUAAAUAUGACGCCCCUUCGUUGAUUAAUUUGAAUCAGCGGUGUCUACGUCACGUGGUAGAAAGACUAUACCGAUUGAUGGCACGUGGUGCGGAUCGCUCGCUGUUAGUUUCUACCGGGACCAGGAUGGUUAAGCCGGAGCUUGAUGUAAUCCAUACCUGUCUGGGGCUGAGCUCUUGCAAAUAUCACACCACCACCACCGCCGCCGCCGCGCCCCUCCACACUGUUCGAGGUGGGCAGGGUCUGGGAGGGUUUGGAGGUAGGACGGCCACAUACAAUCAUUCGUGAGAUAUCGAGUCCCGACGAUAACGUCUCCUUGGCAAAUCGAGACAUUUCGUGCCACCGUCACAUCACGGUUUGUACGGAUGCUGUUCAUGGUGGACCGUGAGCUUCGUGGAAGAUCGAAGCCAGGGAUUUUCUGUGUUGGGUGUUUGUGAGUUAUUUUGAACUCCUGUCAGCUCUGCAAUAGCAGAAUAUGCAUACUAUUGCAUAAUUCAUAUCCUGCAUAGAGUGCCCGGCCCUCUCUCGAGACUGGCCUUGACCUAAAGAGGGCCCAGGCCUUGGCCUCGCUUCGCCUUGGCAGCUUUUGUCCUCGACCACGUUCCCAGCCUCAUGGCCCCCGACAUCGAGAUUCAAGACUGAGCGAUCCACACCACAGUCUCAGAGAUGGUGCGAUGAAGACAACACAUCACAGGUGUGAUGCGACUUCACGUUUGCAAAUGUGUAGCAAAAGAGAUAUCUGGAAAGCUGGUAUCGGUCAUUGAAGGUUUGCAGCGAAAUAAUUCGUUCAUGAUGAUCUAAUAUAUCACCAUCUACAUAAAUUCUCACCUCCAAAACUAUGAAUAAACGUCCCUUCUUGCGAAGGCAGACACGUGGAUUCAAGCCAAAUGUAUGCUGGAGGGGUGACUUGGGCUAAAAGUAAUGCACUUGGGUAUAAGGUAACCAAAAGCUUUUGGGACAUGUAGAGCUCUUUGAGCAGAAUGAUUUUCUUGAUGGCAUGGACGUUGAUGGAAAAGAAAGGAGCUCCCAUAUCUGUUUAGCUUGACAAGUCAGGCGAUUAGUUACCAUAACCAAUAUUCAUCUUCUUGGUUCUUUCGGUAAAGUCACGUAGAAGGUAAAUAAUAAAAAUAAAACAUAAUAAAAUAAUCCCUGCAGUCACAAAAGCUUUAAAUCGAAAUAUAACCAAUAUUGAUAGAUACUUUAAGUAUAGCUUUCCCAAAUUGGAACGACCGAUGCGGGGGAUCAGUUGAGUGGAGUCGCAAUGAAAGGAAACUGUCUGGGCUUUGUUGAAAUUCUUGUUUGUAACGAGGUGAAUUUAUAUUCAAGGACAUCCUAAUGGGUUAUUUUCUACGAAUGCACACUUAGCGAGGACCUACAGCUGUUCUCAAGAAUACAUUUUUCAGACGAUAAUAUUCUUGUUCCCAAAGAAAAACGAAAAUUGUCACUACGGAUUGUGAAACAAUCUCUCGGACCAGAUCCACCUGCAAUGCACGUGAUUUGAUUUCGCCAGAUCUCAGAACCGAAGCGGGCGUUGAGCUGAACGCCAACCGUGCGCAGGCAGGUCGUCAGCAGUGGAGAGCUCUGGCAGCAACAUCCACAAGGCUACACUCGACUUCUGAGCUCCCACGUCGAUGCUCCCCCCGCCUCCAUCCGCCCGCAUUGACCAGCGUGGUGAAGUAUGGUUAAAGAAAGUAACCCCAUGACCCAGACGGCGCGGGAUAGUUUUCAUUCAGCAGUGGAUUGACACAGGAGCUGCACGCGUGCACAAUGUGACUAUCUGCGCAAUGAACCCGAGAGCUGAGCUCAAAUCCCGGACAAGGCUAACAUCAGCGGCGAGCCGAUACCGGAACCGGUCCUGGGCGCACACGUCACCAAAGCCCGCACGACCCAGUGUGGUGAGGUAUGGUCAAAACAUCUCCCAUGAAUUCUACGCAUUGGGGAGGCCUUCAUCCCAGCAGUGAGGUGACAAAGGGCACGUAACAUUAGUUACCGUAUGAAACAUUCAAAUGUUGGUCGAAUGUUAAUUGAAUCACAACGCACACACAUUCCCGGCCCAGAGGUAAACACUCAUCUUGCAGUCAUGAACUUAAAGAUGCCUCAGUCUAACUAAUUUACCAAGUGAAGUCCACUGAGCUAUACGCUGUAGCUUAUUUUUCAAAAGUGGCCUGGCCACAAAUGAUAUCUCAACGAAGUGGCUUAUCAUGUGGAAUUUUUCAGCAGCCAUAUAUACUCUAAACGCGUGAUGUUGAUUCUAAAUGUGGAGGGGAAACCUCGGAGGAGCCGGAGACAUCCACACGACCACGGGGAGAGAGAGAGACACGAAAACUCCAAAUAUACAGCAGCAGGCGUCAGGGUCGGGAUCGAACCCACGACCUCCUGUGUACCAGGCGAGGUAGUUAACAUCUCCUAGCCACCGUGAUGAUGAGAGAGAGACACAGACCUCCUGUAUACCAGGCGAGGUAGUUAACAUCUCCUAGCCAUCGUGGCGCCCAGCCCUCUGUGCUCGAUAGUUAUUUCCGUUAAUUUACAACAGGGUAGCAGCUCCAACAACCCAGAUAUGUUUAUUGUUUUAAAAUACUGUACUGUACUAUGAGUGGAUUGUGUGUUAUGUUAAACUCUGAUCCAAAACGGUGAUUUUCAAAAUACUUGAAUCAAUAAAAAUAAUGUUUCAAAUGGA